AUUUUUUCUCACCAUCAGCAGUUAAUCUAAAGAGGGAGCUGCUCCAUUUCAUUGUAGGUUAAGUAACUUACCAUGCAAUAGUAGCUGGGAAGUAUAGAUAAUGAACUUUCCUUUUUUUUUGGAUAGGUUUUUAAAAUAAAUUUAAAAAUUGGUUAAAAAAAUAUAAUGCAGCAUAUGUUGUUCUGGAAUUUUUUUAAUAUAAAACCCUCCCUUUGAGCAUUCCCCUUUCAGUGGAAUCACUUAGACACUUCCAGCUGGUGGCAGGGGAUACAGCCAUAAUACAGCUUUCUCUGUCCCAGCUGUCUUUUUCAUUACAUUAAAUGCAUUACGAUGGCUGCACUGCUUUAUAAAGGUUCAGGUACAGAAAGGUAUAGAAAGAAAUAUGCAAACAUGCAUUUUUGUAGUGCCUACUAGCUUCUGCAAGAUCUUUGGAUUAUGAAUGUGUUCCUGGCUCUGAUCUAAGAUAUCCUUCCAGUCAUUGGAACAUUUGCUGAAAGGGCUGGUUAAGGUGCCUGAGGAUAUCACCUUUUAUAAGGAGUCAUUGUUGUAAAGGAUUUUUAGUGCAUUAUGGCUCAUGCAGCCUCACAACUAAAGAAAAACAGGGAUUUAGAAAUCAAUGCUGAUGAAGAAAAUGAGAAAAAAAGAAAACGCAGGAAAAGAUCCCGGGAUCGGAAGAGAAAGUCUGAUACAAACGCAAGUUACCUACGAGCUGCUCGAGCUGGCAACCUAGAAAAGGCUCUUGACUACUUAAAAACUGGAGUGGACAUCAACAUUUGCAAUCAGAAUGGGUUGAACGCACUCCAUCUUGCUUCCAAAGAAGGUCAUGUAGAAGUUGUUUCAGAACUGAUAAAGCGAGGUGCCAAUGUGGAUGCAGCAACAAAGAAAGGAAACACAGCAUUGCACAUAGCAUCUCUGGCUGGACAGACAGAAGUUGUUAAAGUGUUGGUUACAAAUAAGGCCAAUGUCAAUGCACAGUCUCAGAAUGGUUUCACGCCAUUGUAUAUGGCAGCCCAAGAAAAUCACCUUGAAGUUGUUAAGUUUCUUCUUGACAAUGGUGCAAGUCAGAGCCUUGCUACUGAGGAUGGUUUCACACCUUUGGCAGUAGCCUUGCAACAAGGUCAUGACCAGGUGGUUUCACUGUUGCUUGAAAAUGAUACAAAGGGAAAAGUCCGUCUUCCUGCUCUCCACAUUGCUGCCCGCAAGGAUGACACAAAGGCUGCUGCUCUGUUGCUGCAGAAUGACCAUAAUGCAGAUGUGGAGUCAAAGAUGCUGGUGAAUAGAACAACGGAGAGUGGUUUUACUCCACUCCACAUAGCGGCUCACUAUGGAAAUAUUAAUGUUGCUACAUUGCUAUUAAAUCGGAGUGCUGCUGUGGACUUCACUGCAAGGAAUGAUAUCACUCCAUUACAUGUUGCAUCGAAGAGAGGAAAUGCUAAUAUGGUCAAACUCUUACUUGAUCGAGGAGCUAAAAUAGAUGCCAAAACAAGGGACGGGUUGACACCUCUCCACUGUGGAGCAAGAAGUGGGCACGAACAGGUUGUGAAAAUGCUGCUUGAUCGUGGGGCCCCCAUUCUAUCCAAAACCAAGAAUGGUUUGUCUCCAUUGCACAUGGCAACACAAGGAGAUCAUUUAAACUGUGUUCAGCUUCUGAUUCAACACAACGUGCCUGUUGAUGACGUCACUAAUGACUAUCUGACUGCACUGCAUGUUGCCGCCCACUGUGGCCACUUCAAAGUUGCCAAGGUUCUCUUGGACGAGAAAGCUAAUCCUAAUGCCAAAGCACUGAAUGGUUUCACACCUCUUCACAUUGCUUGCAAGAAGAACAGAAUUAAGGUUAUGGAACUUCUCCUGAAACAUGGUGCAUCUAUCCAAGCUGUAACUGAGUCGGGCCUAACUCCAAUCCAUGUUGCUGCCUUCAUGGGACAUGUAAAUAUUGUGUCACAGCUGAUGCAUCACGGAGCAUCACCCAAUACCACUAAUGUGAGAGGAGAAACAGCACUACAUAUGGCUGCCAGAGCUGGCCAAGCAGAAGUUGUUCGAUACCUAGUACAAAAUGGAGCUCAGGUAGAAGCCAAAGCUAAGGAUGACCAAACGCCACUACACAUUUCUGCCCGACUGGGAAAAGCUGAUAUAGUGCAGCAGUUGUUACAGCAAGGAGCAUCUCCGAAUGCAUCCACUACUUCUGGGUAUACACCACUACAUCUUGCUGCUCGAGAGGGACAUGAAGAUGUAGCCUCAGUUCUUCUAGAUCAGGGUGCAUCUUUAUCUAUAAUUACAAAGAAAGGGUUUACUCCUCUGCAUGUAGCUGCAAAAUAUGGAAAAAUUGAAGUAGCCAACCUUCUACUUCAGAAGAAUGCAUCUCCAGAUGCUGCUGGAAAGAGUGGUUUAACUCCACUCCACGUAGCUGCACACUACGAUAAUCAGAAAGUGGCACUUCUGCUCUUGGACCAGGGAGCUUCACCUCACGCAUCUGCAAAGAAUGGUUAUACACCACUGCACAUAGCUGCCAAGAAAAACCAGAUGGAUAUAGCGACUACAUUGCUUGAAUAUGGUGCUGAUGCUAAUGCUAUUACCAGACAGGGUAUUGCCCCUGUACAUCUUGCAUCCCAGGAAGGCCAUGUGGACAUGGUGUCAUUGCUUCUUACUAGAAAUGCUAAUGUGAAUCUUAGCAACAAGAGUGGACUGACACCACUUCACCUGGCUGCUCAGGAAGACAAAGUCAAUGUGGCAGAGGUUCUUGUUAAUCAAGGGGCUGUUGUUGAUGCACCGACAAAGAUGGGAUACACUCCAUUACAUGUUGGCUGCCACUAUGGAAACAUAAAGAUUGUUAAUUUCCUUCUGCAACACUUUGCUAAAGUUAAUGCCAAAACGAAGAAUGGGUACACCCCUCUACACCAGGCUGCUCAGCAGGGACACACCCACAUCAUUAACGUCUUGCUCCAAAACGGCGCAUCACCCAAUGAACUCACUGUGAAUGGGAACACUGCCCUGGCCAUUGCUAAACGACUUGGCUACAUUUCAGUUGUUGACACACUGAAGAUCGUGACGGAAGAGACCAUGACUACAAUUACCGUCACAGAAAAGCAUAAAAUGAAUGUACCAGAAACUAUGAAUGAAGUUCUUGACAUGUCUGAUGAUGAAGUUCGUAAAGCCUACACCCCUGAAAUUCUCAGUGAUGGUGAAUAUAUGUCAGAUGUUGAAGAAGGUGAGGAUGCAAUGACAGGCGAUACAGACAAAUAUCUUGGGCCACAGGAUCUAAAAGAGUUGGGAGAUGAUUCCCUGCCCGCUGAAGGAUACAUGGGCUUUAGUCUAGGAGCCCGCUCUGCCAGCCUCCGCUCCUUCAGUUCGGAUAGGUCCUACACUCUGAACAGAAGUUCCUAUGCACGAGACAGCAUGAUGAUUGAAGAAUUGCUGGUACCAUCAAAGGAUCCGCACCUGACAUUUCCAAGGGAAUUUGAUUCUGAUUCUCUCAGACAUUAUAGCUGGGCUGCAGACACCUUGGACAAUGUUAACCUUGUCUCAAGUCCCAUCCAUUCUGGCUAUUCCUCUCCACUUCCCCAGUAUGAUUCAAGUUUUCUGGUUAGUUUUAUGGUUGAUGCACGUGGGGGCUCAAUGAGGGGUAGUCGCCAUCAUGGAAUGAGAAUUAUUAUUCCACCACGCAAAUGUACAGCACCCACCCGCAUCACCUGCCGUUUGGUAAAGAGGCAUAAACUGGCCAGCCCACCACCAAUGGUUGAAGGAGAAGGAUUAGCCAGUAGACUGGUAGAAAUGGGGCCUGCAGGUGCACAGUUUUUAGGUAAACUGCAUCUUCCUACCAAUCCUCCCCCUCUAAAUGAGGGUGAGAGCAUGGUUAGCCGAAUCCUGCAGCUUGGGCCUCAAGGAACAAAAUUUAUUGGUCCUGUCAUAGUGGAAAUCCCACAUUUUGGAUCAAUGCGAGGAAAAGAAAGAGAACUGAUUGUCCUUCGCAGUGAAAAUGGUGAAACAUGGAAGGAACACCAGUAUGACAGCAAACAUGAAGACUUAAAUGAAAUUCUCAAUGGCGUGGAUGAAGAGCUGGAUAGCGCUGAGGAACUAGAGAAGAAGCGUAUCUGUAGAAUCAUCACGAAGGAUUUUCCUCAGUACUUUGCAGUGGUUUCACGAAUUAAGCAGGAAAGUAACCAAAUUGGUCCUGAGGGAGGUGUUUUGAGCAGUACAACUGUGCCUCAUGUCCAAGCAUCCUUCCCAGAGGGUGCGCUAACUAAAAGAAUUCGAGUGGGCCUCCAGGCUCAACCAGUUCCAGAUGAGAUUGUCAAAAAAAUCCUCGGAAACAAAGCAACUUUCAGCCCCAUUGUCACUGUGGAACCAAGAAGAAGAAAAUUUCAUAAACCUAUAACAAUGACAAUUCCUGUGCCACCCCCUUCAGGAGAAGGUGUGACGAAUGGAUACAAAGGAGACACCACACCUAGCCUUCGACUUUUAUGUAGCAUUACAGGAGGGACUUCACCUGCUCAAUGGGAGGAUAUCACAGGAACCACUCCACUGACGUUUAUAAAUGACUGUGUUUCUUUCACGACCAACGUUUCAGCCAGAUUUUGGCUUGCAGACUGCCAUCAGGUACUAGAAACUGUCGGCCUUGCCACACAACUUUAUAGGGAAUUAAUAUGUGUUCCUUAUAUGGCUAAGUUUGUGAUAUUUGCCAAAAUGAAUGAUCCUGUGGAAUCUAAUUUGCGUUGCUUCUGCAUGACUGAUGAUAAAGUGGACAAAACUUUGGAGCAACAAGAGAAUUUUGAAGAAGUUGCAAGAAGUAAAGAUAUCGAGGUUUUGGAAGGAAAACCCAUUUAUGUUGAUUGCUAUGGAAAUCUGGCCCCUUUGACAAAAGGAGGACAACAGCUUGUUUUUAAUUUUUAUGCUUUCAAGGAAAAUAGACUGCCAUUCUCUAUAAAGAUUAGAGACACCAGCCAAGAGCCUUGUGGUCGUUUAUCAUUUUUGAAAGAACUAAAGACUACAAAAGGACUGCCACAAACAGCUGUUUGCAACUUAAAUAUUACUCUUCCAGCACACAAAAAGGAAACAGAGUCAGAUCAAGAUGAUGAGACGGAGAAAUCAGACCGGCGUCAAAGCUUUGUCUCUCUUGCUUUACGUAAGCGCUACAGCUAUCUGACUGAGCCUGGAAUGAAAACAGUUGAACGGAGCGCAGGAGCAACAAGAUCCCUACCUGCUACUUAUUCAUACAAGCCAUUCUUUUCAACAAGACCAUAUCAGUCAUGGACAACAGCUCCAAUUACAGUGCCUGGACAAACCAAAUCAGGCUUCACUUCCCUAUCAAGCUCUUCCUCCAAUACUCCUACAGCUUCCCCAUUAAAAUCAAUAUGGUCUGUUUCUUCUGCUUCUCCAAUCAAAUCCACGUUAGGAGCUUCUACUACCUCUUCAAUUAAAUCUGUUAAUGACGUAGCAUCUCCAAUUAGAUCAUUUCGGACAAUCUCUUCACCAAUAAAAACCGUUGUAUCACAGCCUCCAUAUAAUAUCCAAGUUUCUUCUGGUUCUUUUGUCAGAGCUCCUACAGUAACAGAAGCCAGUAAUUUAAAAGGGAUGGCAUCCACUUCAACAUUUCCUUCUCGGACAUCUCCAGUGACUACAGCAGGGUCUCUUUUGGAGAGAUCAUCCAUCACCAUGACACCUCCAGCAUCCCCCAAAUCGAACAUUAACAUGUAUUCUUCAAGUUUGCCAUUUAAGUCUAUCAUCACAUCAGCAUCACCACUUUUAACUUCACCUUUAAAGUCAGUGGUGUCUCCUGCUAAGUCAGCAGUUGAUGCUGUUUCACCUUCUAAAGUCAUGAUGACUUCAUCUCUAUCAUCACCUGUGAAACAUAUACCUGGGACUACAGAUGUAGCAUUGGUUAAUGGAUCCGUGUCACCUCUGAAAUAUCCAUCCUCUGCCAAUGUAAUAACUGGAUCCAAAACUGCAGCUAUGUUUCAAGACAAGAUCUCUGCAGCUACAAAUUCUGCAAGUUGUGCUGCUAAUGUAGCCGCUGAUACAGUUGAGAAAGUGUUUCCGACCACUACUACAAUGCCAUUUUCUCCACUCAGGGCAUUUGUGUCUUCAACACCAUCUGCUUUUCAGUCAAUAAGAACUCCUUCUGCAGGUGCACUAUAUACAUCUUUUGGGUCAAUAUCUGCAACUACCUCAUCAGUAACUUCAUCAACAAUAACAGUGCCAGUAUAUUCUCUAGUCAAUGUUUUAUCUGAACCAGCAUUAAAGAAGCUUCCAGAGUCUUCACUUACAAAAUCAGCAGUUGCAUUACUAUCACCUAGUAAAACAUUGACUACAGAGACACGUACACAGCCUCACUUUAAUCGAACUUCAUCUCCUAUGAAAUCAUCCUUGUUUUUAGCACCUUCUGCUCUUAAAUUGUCUACACCAUCUUCUUUAUCGUCCAGCCAGGAGAUAUUGAAAGAUGUUGCUGAAAUGAAAGAGGACCUAAUCAGGAUGACUGCAAUAUUGCAGACAGAUGUAACGGAGGACAAGCCAUUCCAACCUGAACUAACAAAAGAGGGUAGAAUUGAUGAUGAAGAGCCUUUUAAAAUUGUUGAGAAAGUAAAAGAAGACUUGGUAAAAGUUAGCGAGAUACUGAAAAAAGAUGUGUGUUUAGAAAAUAAAGAGUCGACCAGAGUGUCAAAAAGCGAUAAAGGACACUUAUCUGAAGAUGAAUGGGUAGAGUUCAGUACAGAAGAGAUUGAUGAAGCAAGACAGCAGGCUAUAACAUGCCAUCCUGUUCCAGAAAAAGGGCAAAUUAAAGCUAAAGCUGCAUCUGAAAAGGAUUACAAUUUGACAAAAGUUAUUGAUUAUUUAACAAAUGAUAUUGGUAGUAGUUCAUUGGCAAACAUAAAGUACAAGUUUGAAGAGGGGAAAAAAGAUGAAGAGAGACAAAAACGCAUUUUAAAACCAGUGAUUGCUUUACAGGAACAUAAACUUAAAAUGCCUCCAGCCUCCAUGAGGCCUUCUACUUCAGAAAAAGAAUUAUGUAAAAUUGCAGAUUCCUUUUUUGGAACAGAUACUAUUUUAGAAUCUCCAGAUGAUUUUUCUCAACAUGACCAAGAUAAAAGUCCUUUGUCUGACAGUGGCUUUGAAACAAGAAGUGAAAAAACACCAUCAGCCCCACAAAGUGCUGAAAGCACAGGGCCAAAACCACUUUUCCAUGAUGUACCCAUCCCUCCUGUUAUUACAGAAACAAGAACUGAAGUAGUUCAUGUUAUCCGCAGCUAUGAACCAUCAUCAGAAGAGAUUCCAGAGCAGCAAACAGAGGAGCUACCUUCACUGAAACCUGCACUUACUUUAAUGGAGUUGGAACAAAAACCCACUGAGUCUAUUAAAGAAAAGGUUAAAGCAUUUCAAAUGAAAACCAGCAGCAGUGAAGAAGAUGACCACAAAUGUGUUCUUAGCAAAGGUGUCCGGGUGAAAGAAGAAACUCACAUCACUACUACUACUCGAAUGGUUUAUCAUAAACCUCCAUGCACUGAAAGUACCUCGGAAAGAAUUGAGGAAACAAUGUCUGUUCAUGACAUAAUGAAAGCCUUUCAAUCAGGACGUGACCCUUCCAAAGAACUGGCAGGUCUGUUUGAACAUAAAUCGUCAGUAACAUCAGAUGUUAGCAAGUCUGCUGAAACUUCACCACAACAUGCAGAGAAGGAAAGCAAAAUGAAACCCAAACUGGAGCGUAUAAUAGAGGUCCAUAUUGAAAAAGGUAAUCAAGCUGAACCUACUGAAGUCAUUAUUAGAGAAACAAAAAAGCAUCCAGAAAAAGAAUUGUAUGUAUAUCAGAAAGACUUACCUCGGGGAGAUAUUAACUUAAAAGGUUUGGAAAAACAUGAUACUUUUCCUUGUUCUGAUGAACAAGGUCAGCAAGAAGAAGAAGAGCUAACAGCUGAAGAGUCACUUCCUUCUUAUCUGGAAUCUUCUAGAGUAAACACUCCUGUGUCUCAGGAAGAAGACAGUCGCCCUAGUUCUGCUCAACUCCUGUCUGAUGACUCUUACAAAACACUGAAGCUUUUGAGUCAACACUCAAUUGAAUACCAUGAUGAUGAGUUGUCAGAAUUAAGAGGCGAGUCUUACAGGUUUGCUGAGAAAAUGCUUCUUUCAGAAAAGCUAGAUGUGUCUCAUUCUGAUACUGAGGAGUCAGUUACUGACCAUGCUCUACCGCUUAGUUCAGAGUUACAGGGGUCUGAUAAACAAUGCAGAGAAAAAGUAGCCACUGCCCCCAAAAAAGAAAUUCUCUCCAAAAUCUAUAAAGAUGUGUCCGAAAAUGGUGUAGGUAAAAUGUCUAAAGAUGAUCAUUAUGAUAAAGUGACAGUGUUACACUACACUGGAGAUGUUAGUAGUCCAAAACAUGCCAUGUGGAUGCGCUUUACCGAGGACAGAUUAGACAGAGGUAGAGAAAAGAUGAUGUAUGAAGACAGGGUGGACAGGACUGUUAAGGAGGCAGAAGAAAAACUGACUGAAGUAUCACAGUUUUUUCGGGACAAAACAGAAAAGUUGAAUGAUGAGCUACAAUCUCCAGAGAAAAAGCAACAUAAAAAAAAUGGCAAAGAAAUGCAUUCUAGUCACAGCUCUGCCAGCAGCAGCCCUGAAAAAGUACUGCUCACUGAAAUAGUGACAUUGAGUGAUGACUGGGGUAAAGUACAGCAGUAUGGGCAUGAUGGAAAGUGUUCCCCAAAAGUCGAUGAAAGAAAAGCAGCAAGUUUGCCCAGCAGUCCUGAAAGAAGGAUUCUUGCUCAACAAACAGGGGACUGUAAACAAACUAUGGAACACAAAGGAAAUGCUCUGCAGAGUAAAACAACUGAAGCUUCACAGACUGGAUUUCAGCUAAAACAAUCCAAGCUUAAUUCCAUUAGACUUAAAUUUGAACAAAGUAUAAGUCCAAGGACUAAAGAUCUAUCUCAAGAAAAAAAGGAAGAUAGUCAAUCCAAAAUUCCAGUAAAGAAAUUGCAAGAAAGCAAACUACCAGUGUAUCAGUUUUAUGCAAGAGAAAAGCACCCAAAGCUAAUAGAUCUGACAGAAGGAAAUACAUCAUUGCAAAAAGAAUUUACUACUAUGAAAUUGAAAGAAGAUAAUGUCCAAGGUAAAGGAAAAGUUAUAGAAGACAUUUGUGCUUCAGAGGUACAGGAACAGAGCACUGAAACAUCAAGUAAAAGUCUGCUAGAAUAUACUUCUGAACAGCAAGCUAAAGACUUGGCAUAUAGCUCAGACUUACCAGCUAAGGGACAAUGGGACAAAAAAAUCUAUCGAACAUGGGAAAGUCCUGGAGCUUCUAACCAUAAAGCACAAAAAGAAAAACUUUCCCAUGUACUUGUUCAAGAUAUGGUAAAAGAAAACCAUGUUGACUAUGCUGAGACUAAAACUAACAAAAAGAGUGAAUUUAUCACUGUGACAGAGUGUGAACACAAAUUGCCAACACAUGGAUCUCAUUCAAAGGAGGUGAAGGAAAUGACUGUAAAAUCUCCAUCAAAAAAGGUUCUGUACAGAGAGUUUGUUGUCAGAGAAGGGGAAUACACCAAUGAAAUGACAGAUAAAACUUCAAAAAGAAAGGAAUUGACUGUGUCCCACAUUCCAGUCAGAAUUUCUGAGGAGAAAAGAAUUUCAUCUCCUACCAUUCUUGAUAGUGUUUAUGAUCAGUCAAAAAAAGCAGUAUAUGAACUGUCAGCUAAAGUGUCCCGAUCAACUAUGAUUAAGGAGCAAGUUCAGAGAGAAUUUGAUUAUGUAGAAGAUGAAAAAAUAAAGCAUUCAAAAGUCACUAAAGUUACCAAGCAACAAGGUUCCAUAGUAUUAAGUCCUCCUGUGGAGGAAACUGAAAUAUCCCCUAGCAAAUCACCUGAUUCUUUAGACUUUAGUCCUGGAAAGGAAUCUCCUUCAAGUGAGGUAUUUGACCCUAGUCCCAUUGAUUACUUGGAUAAAGUUGCACCUUUAGUAAAUAGUGAGGGAGUGAAAGAGAUAAAGACUUUGCCAGUGUAUGUCAGUUUUGUUCAAGUAGGAAAGCAGUAUGAAAAGGAGGUGCAACAAGGAAAUGUAAAAAAAAUUAUAAGUCAGGAAAGUAAGACAGUACAAGAGACUAGGGGGACAUUUUAUACAGCUAGACAGCAAAAACAACCGCCUUCUCCACAAGGUAGUCCAGAAGAUGAUACACUAGAACAAGUAUCCUUUAUAGAUAGUUCUGGGAAAAGCCCUUUAACACCAGAAACACCCAGCUCAGAGGAAGUGAGUUAUGAGUUUACCUCUAAAACACCCGACUCACUAAUAGCUUAUGUACCAGGCAAGCCCAGUCCCAUACCUGAGGUUUCUGAGGAAUCAGAAGAGGAAGCAGAGGCUAAGUCAACUUCUGUAAAACACAUAGCAGUGGAAGCACCAAAAAUUGACAAAAUAUUGCCUAAUAAUAUAAACAAAGAUUCUAACAAAAGACCCAAAAGUAACAGAGUUGCCUACAUUGAAUUCCCACCUCCUCCACCAUUAGAUGCAGAUCAGUCUGAUUCAGAAAAGAAUCAUCGUUAUUCCCCUGAGAGUGAAAUGGAGCUGAUAGAAGUAAAUCUGCAAGAUGAAUACGACAAAUGUCAACUGGCUGAACCAGUCAUAAGAGUACAGCCACCUUCCCCCGUGCCACCAGGAGCAGAUGUCAGUGACUCUAGUGAUGAUGAAUCACUCUAUCAACCAGUUCCAUUAAAAAAGUAUACUUUUAAAUUAAAAGAAGUUGAAGGUGACCAGAAAGAAGCCUCAAAACCCAAAGUUUCUGACAACAGUCAGAACCAGAAAGAGUUAGGGGAUCCCGGUUCUGGAAAACCUAAUGAGUUUGACAUUGGUCUUGAGUCACCCCAGAAUGACAUAGCACAAAAUGGGACUAAUGACCAGUCUAUCACCGAGUGUUCCAUAGCAACCACUGCAGAAUUCUCUCAUGAUACAGAUGCAACUGAAAUUGACUCUCUCGAUGGUUAUGAUUUACAAGAUGAAGAUGAUGGUUUAACUGAGAGUGAUUCUAAACUUGCAGGUCCAGCAGUAGAAACCAAAAAGGAUAUAUGGACCUCAGAGGGCAUUUUAAAACAGACUGAUCGUUGCUUUAGCCAAAGUAAGCUGGAAGUUAUUGAGGAGGAAGGAAAGAUAGGCGCUGAAGAAGACAAGGCACUUUCAAAAGGUCCAAGUUCUGAAAAGAAUGCAGAUAAGACUGAGCAGAAGUCAGGUGCACAGUUUUUCACCUUGGAAGGCAGACACCCUGACAGAACCGUGUUUCCUGAUUCGUAUUUCAGUUACAAAGUAGAUGAAGAAUUUGCAACACCUUUUAAAACAGUAGCUACCAAAAGUCUAGAUUUUGAUCCAUGGUCCAAUAAUCGAGGAGAUGAUGAAGUGUUUGAAACUAAAUCAAGGGAUGAUGAGGCUAAGCCAUUUGGUCUGGCAGUAGAAGACAGAUCGCAAGCAACGACACCUGAUACAACUCCAGCCAGAACUCCAACGGAUGAAAGUACUCCAACUAGUGAGCCCAACCCCUUCCCAUUUCAUGAAGGGAAGAUGUUUGAGAUGACUCGCAGUGGUGCAAUUGACAUGAGCAAGAGGGAUUUUGUUGAAGAAAGACUCCAAUUUUUUCAGAUUGGUGAGCAUACUUCUGAAGGGAAGUCAGGGGACAAGGGGGAAGGGGAUAAAAGUACAGUAACUGCCAUCACACAGCCACAGUCAGGGGACAGCAUUGUAGAAACAAACUUAGAGAGACAAGUAGAAACAACAGCAGUUGAACAUAAGCCCAUCAUCCAGGCCAGUGGAGGUUGUAUGGAAGCCACACUUGGUAGUAACUCUCUGGAGAAAUCAUCGACAACUGUUAACACUUCUAAAGUUGAUCCCAAAUUGCGCACACCUAUUAAAAUGGGAAUUUCUGCUUCCACGAUGACUCUGAAGAAAGAUGGCCCUGGAGAAGUGACAGAUAAGAUAGAAGCUGCAAUGCCCAGCGGUCAGGGAUUAGAAAAUGAAAAUGUAGUAGUGAUUACAAGUUCAGCUACUAGCGAGACAAGCUGUAGGCAAAAUGAAAAACUUGAUUUUCAAAAAGAUAAUUUUAAUAACAACAACAAUUUGGAUUCAUCUGCUAGCCAUACAAAUAAUAAUACCUGUAAUGUAGAGCUAAAAGAACAUUGUGAACCCAAGUGUUCCAUACAGAAAGCUAACAAAAUGAAAAGCGCUUCAGGAAAAGGGACAGGGGCAACACAAGGACACAGAAUAACAGAUAAGCAAAAAGUACAAGGACAGCAGCAAAGGUCAAGGGAGUUGGUAGGGAGUAGAGCAAAAUCAAAACUUCCCAUAAAGGCCAGUUCAAUAAAAGAAGUCUUCCCACAAAAUAAUGUCCAAAAAAGUACAGCGAGUAAAGUGAGACAGGCUAGUAAACCCAACAAAAUAAAACAAAAUAAUUCUUCUCCAUGUCUAGAAGUAAAAUCUAAGAUUCCAAUAAAAAAUACACCCAGAAAAAAUCUAGCUAUAUCUAGAAAAACACCAGCAAUGCAAAAGCAAGAGCAGUUAGACAAAGGAAAAAUCAAACAGCUUCCUUCCAAAUUACCAGUAAAGGUAAGGUCUACCUCCUUCACAAUGACAACAGUGAAAGUAAGGAAAAAUCAGCUUAGGGAGGUAUGUAAACAUUCUAUUGAAUAUUUUAAGGGAAUUAGUGGUGAGACAUUAAAGCUUAUGGAUCGUCUAUCUGAUGAAGAGAAAAAGAUGCAGUCAGAGGUGUCUGAUGAUGAAGAAGACAGUUCAUCAAGAAAUACAUCAUCAGAAGCUACUCAAGUUUACCAGCCUUCCAUUACAUCGAAGUCUGCUAGAGAUAUGAGAACAGAGACAGCAUCUUUAAAAUCAAAGAUUGAAAAGGUCGACAGUGAGAGGAGGAGAAGUAAGAGGACUGGUCCACAGAGUCCAUGUGAACGAACAGACAUAAGGAUGGCAAUUGUAGCUGAUCAUCUGGGACUUAGCUGGACAGAACUAGCAAGAGAACUGAAUUUUUCUGUGGAUGAAAUUAAUCAAAUCCGUGUAGAAAACCCAAAUUCUCUGAUUGCUCAGAGUUUCAUGUUAUUAAAAAAAUGGGUUACCAGAGAUGGGAAAAAUGCUACAACUGAUGCCUUAACCUCUGUAUUGACAAAAAUUAACCGAAUAGAUAUUGUGACCCUGCUGGAAGGACCAAUAUUUGAUUAUGGAAACAUUUCAGGCACCAGAAGUUUUGCAGAUGAAAAUAACGUUUUUCAUGAUCCCGUUGAUGGUUGGCAGAGUGAGGCAUCAACUGUCCAUGUUGAACCACCAACACCUGGGCGCAGAAUAAGUGGUGAACUACUAGAUCGGCUAGAUGAUAGCCCUGACCAAUGUAGGGAUUCUAUUACCUCAUAUCUGAAAGGAGAAACUGGGAAAGUUGAAGCCAAUGGAAGCCACAUAGAAACUACAACAGAAGUAAAGGCUAAAUCUUAUGUUCAAGAGUCUGUAAACAAAGUGGGAAAACAGAGUGACAAGGAAACUCUGAAACCAAAAACACGAAGUUCUGUCCAUACUGAAGAGCAAAUAUUAUUAACAGCAUAUCAGAAAUCUUUAGAAGAGACCAGCAAGCCAACAGUAGAAGAGCCUAAAACCUCUGUGCCUGUCAGCAUGAAGAUGAUGAGCUGGAAAACUCCUGAAGAGAGCAAGCCAAGAGCAAACACCCAGGAAGAGGCGGGAGCAGCAACGUCUGAACAAAAGCAGGGAGAAGGUUAUAAGGUUAAGACGAAGAGAGAAGUCAGACAUGUGGAGAAGAAGAGUUAUUCAUAACAGCAGAACAGUGAACGGAUUGUGUGCUUUUACUGCCAGUAUUCUAGACAGACACUAUGGAAGAAAAAUCAACAGGAAUUAAACAUUCACUGAUACAAGUGUGCGUGUGUUUGCUGCUUCCACACAUUAACCGCAUGGUCUUUAUGCAAAAAAAACAAUAAAAAUUUAAUUUAGCAUGAGCCAAUUUACAGAGCAUGGAAAUUCACUGUCAUUCACAGGAUUGGAGAGUGUGCAAUUAACAAUGCAGUGUAUAUACAAGAUUGCCAUGCUGUUAACAGCUUUAUUUCAAGAAUUUGAUGUCAUCAUAAAAGAAAUAAAUUCCUGUGGUCAGAGGGGACAUAAGAAGAUGAAAUGGCUAAACCAUGGAAAGACACUAAAAUUACUAAAUCCACAACAGCUCGCCUUAUUUUUCUUGGACCCAAACUGUCAGGGUAUAAAACACUAUUUGUUUCUUUUUUAAACAUCAAUAGUUUUGCUGUAAAUAAAUAACACUGUAUAAAUUCUAACAAAAAAUAGAAUGAAUGUUGAUAAGGCACUGCCUCUUAGAUCACAAACAGAAUAUUGCAAAUGCAUCAAACAAAAUAGGUGUCUCAAAUGGCUACACCUACAAGGAUAUUCUGGGUGUAUCUUCACAGAUUCUUGUAUAUUAGCAAUUAUAAUGUUUGUAUAUGCAAAAAUGCUAGCUUGAUUUUAAAAAAAUCUUUAAAAUCUGCUGCAAAUUUAAAUGAUUCCCAAAAUGAGGAAUUCAGUAGUUCUGUGAAAACUUUUCUUCAGAGUACUAAUAUUUUGAUGCAUGUGUUUCACCUUAUUUUGAUUAAAUCUUUUCCAGUUUUGCAAACACUAUACUGCAACAUAAUAAAUAGGAUUUUAUCUGUAAACACAAAGCCCUUCAUCUAAUAUUUGUUGCUGUUGCCAAUUUUUCAAUGAAAUGACCUAAAAACAUACCAUAUACAGUAGUUGCAUUAUGGGGAGGGGGGUGUUAUCUGUUCUCGCUUUAUAAUGGGGGUAAUGCUUGCAGCUUUAGAACUGGGUUGGUGCUCUUAUAAAGCACAAGUUUGGGAUAUUUUAAAAUGAACCGAAGAGAAAUUAUUAGCUAAUAGACUGGCAGCACGCUGUAAAAUUAUUACUGUAUUGUGUACUGGCUAUAAGAUGUAGAAUCUUUCAGUAAGCCAAUCAUCUGUAAUCAUUCUAGCAGUGUAAUAUUAGGUUGUUAAGGCUGCUGUGUUUUAAAGGGCAUUUUUAUUUGGGUUUUGGUGAAAUACUUUAAUUUGUUGAUUAUAUUCAUAUGAAAACAACGUUCAUUGAUAAUAGUUCUAAUUACGUAUGUAUGAAAACAACAUACACUGGAUGAUCUAGCUGAUUAUUUAAGCAUAAAAUAAAUUGUGUUAAAACUCUUCA